AUGGACUUUCAGGACCGUGCAGGCAACAAGGGCGCGGGUCUCGCCAGUGCGAGCGACGCGGCAAGGGACCGUCGCGAGCGACUCCGCCGCCUCGCGAUGGAGACGAUCGACGUAUCUAAGGAUCCAUACAUUCUAAGGAACCAUCUUGGCAGCUUGGAGUGUCGACUGUGCUUGACGAUGCAUGCGAAUGAGGGCUCCUACCUCGCACAUACCCAGGGCAAGAAGCACCAGACGAAUUUGCAGCGCCGCGCCGCGAUGGAUGCACGCUCUAACGACGUGCACGGCCAAAAGGCUGCGACGGCCCUUCUUGCCCCUGCGCCCGAGAUGCCGAAAAAGACCUUUGUCAAGAUUGGUCGUCCAGGCUACAAGAUUACCAAGAUUCGUGAGCCGUCCACGCCUGACACGGAGGGCCGUGUAGGCCUGCUGUUCGAGGUCCACUUACCGGAAAUCAAGGACGGUGUCGUGCCACUCCACCGAUUUAUGAGUAGCUUCGAGCAGCGCAAAGAGGCGCCGAAUCGAGCUUGGCAGUAUCUCCUCGUGGCCGCAGAGCCAUACGAGACGAUUGCCUUCAAGCUGCAAAGCCGCGAAAUUGAUCGCUCACAUACCAUCAUUUUGCCUGGCACACCACUGCCGGAGCAGCACGACGAGCCAUGUACCUGGAGUCACUGGAACCACGUCGACAAGACCUAUACCAUCCAAGUGCUCUUUCGUCCCCUUGUAUCAUAG